AUGGGGGAAGCAAUCCGUCGUGUGAACGGCUACGAUCAUGAUGCCUACACCUACUAUCCCGUUCUCAUCGUCGGUGCGGGCGCCUCGGGCAUUGUUAUGGCCUGUAGAUUGAAGGAAGAGCUCGGAUUUGACCAGUUCAGGAUCUUUGAUCGCCAAGGUGGAAUAGGGGGCACUUGGUGGAUCAAUCGCUACCCAGGCGUGGCUUGCGACGUACCAGCGCCCUUCUACUCGUUCUCCUUCUGCCAGAAUCCAAACUGGACCGACUUCCAUCCUCCGGGACGCGAAAUCGUCCACUACUACCAUGAAGUCUGCGAGAAGUACAAAAUCACAGACAAAUUCGAGCUCAACACCGAUGUGGAGCAAUGCCGCUGGCUGGAGAAGGAGCAGAUAUGGGAGGUCACUCUCAGACGUAUGCUGUCAGGCAUGGGUGAUUUGUCUUCCAAGGAUCGAGCCAAGAUCGUCAAGGAGAAGGGCGAGUCGGCCGUAUACUCUGAGACUGAGAUUGUCCGUGCCAAGGUCGUCGUCUCUUGCGUUGGUGGACUAGUGGAGCCCAAAGGCUGGCCUGAUACCAUCCCCGGAAUUGAUGGCUUCAAGGGUAAGGUAUUUCACUCUGCACGUUGGGACGAAACCGUGGAUUUCAAAGACAAGGACGUCGUAGUUGUUGGGACGGGAUGUAGUUCGGCUCAACUGGUCCCCAGGCUACCACAUGCGCCCUACAAUGCUCGUCAUGUUACCCAGCUCAUGCGGUCGCCGCCGUGGGUCGCCCCAAGCACUCCACCACCAGGAGGAGACGAGUGGUGGGAGAAGAACGGUCCAGCAAUAUUGAAGAAUGUUCCCGGUCUCCUCCAACUCCUUCGCUUUGGAAUCUUUCUCGGCGCCGAACUCCAAUGGUUCCAAUAUUUCCCGGAUACCCCCAAAGCGGCCAAGAACCGCCAGAGGUACGAAGAAAAGAUGCUGCAACGCAUGAAACGCAUCGUCCCGGAGAAAUACCACGAAAUGCUCACUCCCAACUACGGCAUCGGCUGCAAGCGCCGCAUCUUCGACAAGCGCUGGUACCAGAGCCUCAAUGACGACCGCAUAGAACUCACCACCCAGCCGCUCACCCGGGUCAACGAGAAGAGCGUCACCCUCGGCCCGGGGGCCCUUUACCCUCCCAACGCCAAACAGGAAGACUACCCCGAGCGUGAAGUCCCCGCGGACGUCAUCGUCCUGGCCAAUGGCUUCGACACCACCAAGUGGCUACAUCCAUUGCGCGUGGCCGGUGUCGGCGGCAAAGACCUCGUCGAAACCAUGGAAGAGCGCGGCGGAGCCCAAGCCUAUCAAGGCACAGCCGUCGAUGGCUUCCCCAAUUUCUUCAUCAUCUUCGGACCCAACACGGCGACGGGGCAUUCCUCCGUCGUCAUGGCUAGCGAGAACAUGGUCAACUAUGCGCUCAAGUUCAUUAAGCCUCUCCUAAAGGGGGAGGUGGCGGUUGUAGAUGUCAAGAAGGAGGCUGAGAUGAAAUAUACCCAGGAAUUGCAGCGGGCGUUGAAGAAGACGGUGUGGAUGAGUGGCGGGUGCACGAGUUGGUACUUCACCGAGGAUGGGUGGAAUUCCACGGUUUACCCGUACGUGCUCUUUGAGAUGUUGAUUAUAUAUCCCGUGCUAACAGCUUCGCUCAGAUACUCCCAACUCGACUUCUACCGCCGCUGCGUGGUCCCCAAGUGGUCCGACUGGAAUAUUGUCUACACGGUCAAAGGCCGCUCCAAGCUUCGUGCUCGACGCGCUCUACGUCUCCUCUUUGGGAUACUUUCCAUCUUCGCUGCGUACCGCCUGCACCACCGAGGCGUCGGCGUCAAGGAUAUCAAGACCUUGGUGCAGCAGCGCGCUCUCGAUGUUGUGACUAGGCUGGCAUAUGUUUGGGGGUUGGCGAAGGCGCAGUUGGCGUCUGCCAGCGUCGAUUUGGGAGGGGUGCGUGGGAUCCGGAAGUGA